AUGGCGGCGCGCACUUGUUUGUGUCUUGAGGAAAAGUGAUUUUAGACUUGCUUACAUUUACAGGUUAAUAGAAGAAAUGCGCAAAAAGAACAUUUUGCAUUAACAAAGAAGUUAUGUUUGCUCUCUAGAGAAAUAAGGACUUGACAAUAUGUUAUACCCAGUGGAGCACAAGACUGUGUUUGUACUAGACAGAGGCCCCCUGUUUGGGCGAUCCUGUAAACAGAGUAUAGAGUACGAUGUGAUGUCUAAGACUAAGACGCCGGGAAUCAUACCUGCCGCCCCGAUCAUGAAGUCCAUGUGGACGUGUAACGUGGAAACCAUGAUUGAGUACAUGAGGAUUGUGUUUGACAUUUUCCCUUCAAAACGAUUGAUUCGAGUGGUUGUAGGGGAUGAAACUCUGAAUAGUUGGCAGCAAAAAGAUCAAAACAUACAACAG